ACCAAUAACUCAUUCAACUCUUACCAAAACACUGUUUACUUCUCUCUUUUUCUUACGUAUAUUUAUUUAGCUUUUCUCAUCACACUUAAUUCAUCAUCCUUUUCUGUUUCUUCCCCUUCAAUUUCCAUAACAAUGGCAGGAGGUUUCGGCAUUGAAGCCAGUAAGGCUGACAAAAUAUACCCCGGCCACCUCACUCUUUACGUAAUGGUAACUUGUAUUGCUGCGGCUUUCGGUGGCUUGAUCUUCGGAUAUGAUAUUGGUAUCUCUGGUGGGGUGACGUCUAUGGCUCCCUUUUUGCAAAAGUUUUUCCCGUCUGUGUAUCAUAAGGAGGCCAUAGAUAAAUCAACCAAUCAAUACUGUAAGUUCAAUGAUGUGAACUUGACGAUGUUUACUUCUUCUUUGUACUUGGCUGCGCUUGUUGCAUCCUUUUUUGCAUCAUGGGUGACGAGAACAUUGGGGAGAAGGAUGUCUAUGCUUCUUGGCGGUUUGAUCUUUUUCUUUGGAGCUCUUCUCAAUGCUUUUGCUCAAGCUAUCUGGAUGCUAAUCGUUGGUAGGCUUUUGUUGGGUUUUGGCGUUGGUUUCUCCAUUCAGGCAGUACCAUUAUACGUAUCAGAAAUGGCUCCAUACAAGCAUCGCGGUUCUCUAAAUGUUGUCUUCCAGUUAGCCAUCACAAUCGGCAUAUUCGCUGCCAAUUUGGUUAACUAUUUCACUCCCAGAAUCAAAGACGGCCAAGGAUGGCGCUACAGUCUUGGCGGUGCCAUGGUUCCUGCCGCAUUCAUCUUCGUCUCUGCAUUAUUUCUCCCCAACUCCCCAAACUCCAUGUUGGAACAAGGUGAUAAAGAAAAAGCCCGAGCCAUGCUUAAGCGUAUCCGCGGCGUCACCGACAAGGAAGUCGAGGCGGAGUUUAAUGAUAUAUUGGCCGCCAGUGAAGCAUCAAAGCAAGUGAAACAUCCAUGGAGGAACCUUCUAAAGAGACAGUAUAGACCACAGUUGAUCUUGGCUGUUCUCCUUCCUUUCUUUCAACAAAUAACUGGAAUCAAUGUCGUCAUGUUUUAUGCUCCUGUGCUGUUCAAAACCAUCGGUUUCGGAGACAAUGCUUCACUCGGAUCUGCGCUCAUUACUGGUAUUAUCAACAUGUUGGCAACGCUUGUUUCAGUAUGGGGCAGAAGGGCUUUGUUCCUUGAAGGCGGAAUUCAACUGUUCAUAUUCCAGGUUCUGGUAUCAGUUUUUAUCGGAUGGAAAUUUGGAGUAUCUGGAAACGUAACCGAGUUGCCGAAAUGGUACGCAAUUCUUGUAGUGCUCUUCAUCUGCUGCUACGUUGCUGCAUUUGCAUGGUCAUGGGGACCUCUGGGGUGGCUAGUGCCGAGUGAAAUAUUUCCUCUGGAGAUUCGAUCAGCUGGACAAACCGUUGUUGUCACCGUAAACAUGUUGAUGACAUUCCUAAUCGCUCAAUUAUUCCUCAACAUGCUCUGCCAUAUGAAGUUUGGGUUGUUCAUCUUCUUUUCAUUUUUUGUUGCCGUCAUGACCGUCUUCAUCUACUACUUCUUGCCGGAGACCAAGAACAUUCCCAUUGAAGAGAUGCAACAUGUUUGGAGACAACACUGGUUUUGGAAGAGAUUCAUUCCCGAUGAACGUCCUCAAGUUUAAUUAAUUUAGUUUUAUUUUCUUAAUUUUUCUAGUUAAUUUCUUCGUUAAUUAUCUUUGGGUAACAUUGCCCUUUAACAAAGUAUACACUGAUUAUUGCUGCGCAUUAUUUCAUUAAU